CCCUAAAAACCAAAUCAAGAACCAACUGUUGCAACACUCCACGUUUAGUCCAAAGAUCCCCAAAACCAUAAAACAGAAAAAGCACUAGCCCUUUCAGAGGGAAACUGGGAGCAAAAAACAAAUAUAUACAUCAAUUGCUUUGAUUUAUGAGGAUGGGAAUGGAGAUAGCGAGCGUCAAGGGGAUUCCGGGAGGCUGGGGCAUGGCUGCUAAGACAUGCGACACUUGUAAAUCAGCUGCUGCGGCUAUUUUUUGUCGUGCUGAUUCGGCUUUUAUGUGCCUGAAUUGUGAUUCCAGGAUCCACUCUGGUAAUAACAAACUCGUCUCUUCUCGUCAUGAGAGGGUGUGGAUGUGCGAGGUGUGCGAGCAGGCCCCAGCUGCGGUCACUUGCAAGGCCGACGCUGCUGCCCUUUGCGUUACCUGUGAUGCCGACAUCCACUCUGCUAAUCCUCUGGCUCGUCGCCACGAGCGUGUCCCUGUCGAGCCUUUCUUUGACUCUGCUGAUACCGUUGUCAAAUCUUCCCCUUUCAGCUUUCUUGUGCCGAUGGAUCAUAGUGGUGCUUGUCAACAAGAAGAUGUAGAACCUGGUUCUUGGUUGUUGCCCAAUCCUAACCUCAUUUCCAAACUCACCGGGGAAACUAAUCAAGUCAAAACAGGGGAUUUGUUCUUCUCUGAAAUAGAUCCGUUUAUUGAUUUCGAGUACCAGAAUUCGUUUCAACCUCAUAAUAACGCAGCUAUGGAUAGCGUAGUUCCAGUUCAGGCCAAACCAGCAACAAUUCCAGUGAUCAACAAUGAAAAUUGUUUCGAUAUUGACUUCUGUCGAUCCAAGCUCACAGCUUUCAGCUACCAAACUCCGUCUCUCAGCCAAAGUGUUUCAUCAUCGUCGCUUGAGGUAGGAGUAGUUCCAGAUGGGAAUACCCUGUCCGAAAUCUCGUAUCCUUUCGGACGAACCAUGACUGAUCCGAGCGUACCCAUCUCGGCAACUACGACCAAUAACCAAGCACCCCAAGCCUGUGGAAUCGAUCGAGAGGCUAGAGUUUUAAGGUACAGAGAGAAGAGAAAGAACAGAAAAUUCGAGAAAACAAUCCGCUACGCUUCCCGAAAGGCCUACGCUGAGUCAAGGCCAAGAAUCAAAGGCCGUUUCGCCAAAAGAGCCGAAAUCGACAACGAAGUUGACCACAUGUAUAACUCGCCUUCUGCUGCAGCAGCUUUCAUGUCCGACGCCCAGUACAGUGUCGUCCCUUCCUUUUGAAGGUUCAUGAAUCUGGUAAAAAUGGAAAAGAAGAAAAAGAAAAAGGGGCUCUUUAUUUAGCUAUGAUCCUGUAAUUUUCAACUGUGAUUUCUAUCCAGCAAGUAGAAUAACCCGACGACUGUUGAUAUUAAGGAAAACAAAUGUUUAGUUUUUAAUUAUGGUUAUUGAUGUAAAAAUAGUGUAUCGGUGGAGUUUUUGUUGGCCGUUAAUUUGCAGGAGUCAGGGAUGAUAAGCUGAAGCUGAGAUGAAAGAUUUCCUUGCUACUCUAAAAAAGCAAAGCCCACUCACUUUUUCCUUCAAAGGGCUUCUUCUGUGACUCUGUUUUCUGCUAGUAAAGUUUUACUUGGCUUUUUCUCCUUUCCAGUUUCUUCCUCUAUUAUUCAGGAUCAAUCAGGGUCAUGGAUCUAUUUCUCUACUAUUAUUGGCUGUUCUCAAAUGAACUUGAUUGAGUAUUGUUUAA